UUGGUGCGAUGAUAAAAGGCUUCCCCCACCUCCUAUAGAGGCCCCUGUACCAGAACUCUCUCUCUCUCUCCGCCCCCCUCUCUCUCCACAGGGUCACUGAGUGGAGCCUCGGACGCCCCCCAAACCGCCCCUCUCUCUCUGCCUACAGGAACACUGUGGCCGCAUCAACCUCCACAUCCCUCCAGUUGGGCUGACAUCACUUUCUCCAGGAGCAGGUAGGAGCCCCUACCAGCACCUCCUGGAACAUCACCUCCUUCUCUACAGUAGGGAGGAGCAACUACUUCCAGACAUCAAGUUAACCUCCUCCAGAGCACCUCCUCCAAGGAGCAGGGAGCAGCCCCACCUCCUCCUCCUUCAGGGGCACGGAGCAGCCACUCCUUCUCUACCAAGGAGGGGGGAGCUAUAUCACUUUCACCUCCUCCAGAGCCCCUCCUCCAAGGAGCAGGUAGGAGCACCUCCUGCCGGAGGACGUCUUGAAGGAGCACCUCAGAGUAGGAGCAGGUCCUGAAGGAGCGGGCGGGAUCAGCUCCUCCUGUGGCUCCUGGAUGUCAGGAUGGUGCAGCUCCGGCGCGUGGCGGAGGGGAAUGGAGGAGGUGGAGGAGGAGGAGGAGGAGGAGGAGGGGGAGGAGGAGGAGGAGGAGUCGUGGUGGAGGAGGAGGAGGAGCUGGAGUGUAAGAUCUGCUACUGCCCCUACAGCCUCUCGCGGCGCCGGCCCAAGCUGCUGCACUGCUGCCACCGCCUCUGCUGCCGCUGCCUGGCCCAGCUCCUCGCGCUGGGGGAGAGCCCCGCCACCACGGUGGUCUGCCCCUUCUGCCGCUACGUUACCUCCCUGCCGCCCUCCUCCGCCCACCCCCUGACCCCGCCCGCCUCCCUCCCCGACGACCACGGCCUGCUGGCCCUGCUCGGCAGGAACCUCCGCAUCCAGACCCUCCAGGGCGGCUCCACGGAGCUGCUGCUCACCCCCAGAACCCUGAGCUCCCUGCUGGGCGCCGGCAACCCCUCCUUCUCCUCCUUCUCGCCCCCGGCCCCCGGCUCCUACGCCUCCAUCCGGGGGUCCCCCAACUUCGUGGUCAUCACUAUCAUGGAGCCCCCCCCGCCUCCACCCGCUCCACCUCCGCCGCCGCCGUCCGCGCUGUCGCCGCUGCCUCUGGGCCGCUCGCCGUACAACCUCCGUCAGCACCGCCCGCCCCCCGGCCCCCCGCUGCAGGCGGCCCUGAUGUACCGCUCGGCGUCCAGCCUGGACUCGGUGGCGUUGGGGGCGCGGCGGCGCGGCGGCGGCGGCGUGCGGGGCUGCGCGGCCCUGCUGUGGCGGGGCUCGGCCCGGGCGCUGGUCUGGCUGCUGGGGCUGCUGUACUUCUGCUCGCUGCCCCUGGGGGUCUACCUGCUCAUCAUGCAGAAGACCACAGUGGGCGUGCUUCUGGUCAGCCUGGUGCCCACCAGCAUCAUGGUGGUCAUCAUCUACGGCUUCUGCCAGUGCCUGUGCCAGGAGCUGUGGGACUGCAUACCGCCUUAAGGGGGCCCCCGGGGGGUCUGAGGACGGUGGACCUCCAGCUCCUGCUCCUCCAUCACCUCCACAACAACCACCAGCCUCCCCACCAUCACCUCCGUCACCACCUCCAUCACCACCUCCAUCAUCACCUCCAUCACCACCUCCACCACCCUUAUAACCAACUCCACCACCAUCUCCAUCAUUACUAUAGGCACCUCCUAUUACUCGUCGAACUUCAGACCACCAUCAUUACUACCACCACCACCAUAAUGACCAUCAACUCUUCCACCACCUCCACCAUGACCACAACCCCUAGCAUCUCCUCCCCCACCAUAUAAUCAGGGCAGAGACAGGAAGUGGUGUGUGUUUCCUUGGUGCUAAUCGGCUCCUGAUCCUGAGAAGGAGACCCAUGAGACGUCUGACAUCCAAACGCUGAAAUAAGAAGUAGAUGCUGCUAUUGUUCUAACCAUAGGAAUACUAACCCUAGGUCACUUUAACUAUUGUUUUCUAUUCUCAAUUACAUGAGUAUAUGGAAUGUACAUGAUUUUAUUUAAAUAGUAAUUUCCUAUCCUGAUUUCCUAUCCACAACUUCGGAAAAUGACUUCUGCUUAACAAUGUUUAUAACAAAGAGAAUUAGUGGUGGAAAAUAUCUGAUAAUUGCUUAUUUAUUUUUCCCGUUACAUAGUGAGCAAAUCUGUGCACAUGUGACAUGAUAAAACAAACUUUUAUUUUGAUUUGCUUUUCUCAAACUUUUUCUCGGAUAUUUCUAGAUUGGUCUAGAUCGACUUUUAACUUAUUUUUAAGGUAUAAAUCGAUGUGCAAUAUAUUGUAUUAGAGUUAGAGUGAUGAAAUUUGCAUUUGUCAGGCGCAAUAUAAAGUACUUAGAAAUUUUCCAGCUGAUGUUUUCUCUACUUUUACUCGGCCACCAGAGGGCGACAGAAAACUUAGCUCAACGGUGUACAUUCAUCGUCCAUAUAAUUUGUACACUAUUAUACAAUUCUUCUACGGUUUCUGCAGUUGAACAAUUGAACAGCUUGAAUGCAUACAGGCCUGCAGGAAUCAAAAAUGUUUUUAUUGUGUAAUGCAAAUUCCACAGGCUCCAUUGUAGUACGCAUCAUUACAAUCAGAAGACAGGGAGUACAAUUAUAUAAAUACAACAAUCUUGCGUGUUAAAUCACUGCCGGUCUCUGUAGUUGUGUGUGACUGUUCUGUCCUGCUCCAUUCAGAGAGCUCUAUGCCGAUGCUGCAAGCUGUGCUUAUCUGGUGAUUAAACAAAACGCUCAUGUGCAGAACGCACUUUGACCUCGUGCUAGGUUCUUCUAGCGUGAACAGCUAGCAGCUAUGCUCUGGAACACAGUGUGAUGGCAGGAGAUUGCUUCUAGUUCGUACACAGCCUGUUGUAUAUAUCUUUCCAAAAUUCUUUAUUCAUUAAUUCAUUCACCACUUCAUCUAUUCAUUUACUUACUUGAAAUGUGGCAUCAGGGACGCUUAUGCAGGAUGUUCAACUUCUUGCCAAAAGGUUACAGGUUUGAUCCCCAAUGUUGCUGCCUUACUCGUAGGCCUCCAAAAGCAAGAUGCCCCCCAGCCCCUACCUUCUCCUUAAUGACCUGGCUCGGUACUGUCCGUGUCCAACCCCUACCUGCUCCCUUAUGACAAGUAUCAGAAAUCACUGUAAGUCGCUUUGCAUAAUUAGCAUAUCCUAAUUGACUGAGUAGGGUUAAUACUAACCCUAGUAAUAAACAGUACACCUCCGUUGGAUCCCUGAUUGCGCCUAAUGGAGGGUAAAGGUCAGAAGGGGAGGAGGGGUAGAAACUCCAGAACACCACUCUCUCCCUCCAUCUUCUCACGGGUUGUCUGUUGGAAGCUGUGGAAACUGUUAAGUUAGGUAGCAGCUAUUACAAGUAGACUGAAUACAAAAUGAAGGGUCUGAUGAUGAUGAUGAUGAUGAUGAUGAUGAUGAUGGAUGUAUUGAUGCGUGAAAUUGCCUCUUUUAUGUUUAUGAAUACAGAAAUAAGAUAAGGAGGUAUGAAUGUGGGUGACCUAGCAGAAGUCCAUUUCCAGGCCACAUCUUGCUCAUCAUAACGUAAUACAUACUAUUAACACAAUGAAUAGAUCAAUGAUUGCUGGCUUUCUUUUCUGUCAUCCAUAAUUGUAAUUGUAGUGUGUCUUGAAUCAAGGUUUUAUGCCUUUCUUAUGCUGACUGAUUGGACCCAAUCAACAAUUGCUAUUUCAGUUUCUUAUAGAAAUAAUUUGUUCUCAAA